AACCUUCCAUAAAGGUGUGUAAAAGAUGAAAUAAUAUAAAUAAAUCUUACUAUUUAAAGAAACCCAAAUGCAUGAAGGGAAAGAAUACGUUUCUUGGGUGACUGCACCUUUGAGAUCCAAUCCGACCUUUGCAUGCAAGGCAUAAUAACCAAACCUUGCUUGCUUUUGUCUUUGCCUAUGACUUACCUUAACAAUUCUUCCUUCCUCUAGGCUUAAAAGCAAGCAGCAGCAGCAGCACCCUCCCACACCAAUUCUUUGCUCAGAAAACAAGUUUGUGAUAUUCAGGGAUCUGCUGCCAUUUGACUGACCGCUUGUGCCAGGGGACGACUUUCUGGUGCCGUACGAGGAACAAUAGGAGAGUCGAGCAGUGUUAGAAACCAAAGGCUACCACCACAAAAAACUAAAUCUUUCAAAGGAGAGAAGAGAAUCCAGAACUGGUUUCAGAAACAAUUUUCUCGUCAAAUGAUGAGUUGGAAUAAUGAUUCAAACCAUAAUACAGAGCAAGUAGUUGCAGUUGCAGCUGCUGCAUAUGUCAUUGACAGGAUUGCAGAAUCAAGCAUCCAUGAUCAAAAAAGGAGCAGUGCAGGUCUUGAACCGUCUUUGAUCGAGGAUAAGAGCAGAAGAGAAGGUGAAGGUUCGAUGAAAGGUUCAGAGAGUGCAGAGAGCAAAGUGCCAGUAACUGAUGCCACAGAUGGAAAGGCGACUCGACCUGCUCCAUCAUUUAAUAGACCUCUUACUUUUGCAGAUCACAUUGGCAGCACUAGCAGCACAAAACCCAAAAGUAAUCAGAAACCAGAAAGUGCAGCGCCAAAACCUGAUCUCCCUACCAAAAAACGUGAAAGGGCAGCACCAAAACCUGAUCUCCCCACCAUAGAACCUGUAAGCACAGCACCAAAACCCGAUCAUCCCACCAUAAAACCUGGAACUACAGCAACACAACCUGAACAGCCUCCUACCUUUACACCUGCGGCUCCAGUGAUAGAAGUGAAAAGACAGAGUGCAGCAAGGCCAGAGACAAAAGCAGAGGAAUGGGAAAAGGCUGAGAUGGCCAAGAUCAAAGAACGGUAUAUGAAGUUAAAUAGCACUAUACUUGCCUGGGAGGAAAAGAAGAAGAAGAAAGCCAAAAACAAGCUCGGCAAAGCAGAGAGUGAAUUGGAGAAAAAGAGAGCACGAGCCUUAUCCAAAUAUCGGAAUGAAAUGGAAUAUAUCAAACAAGUGGCAGAAGGAGCAAGAGCGCAGGCAGAGGCAAGGCAAAGAAAUGAUGAGCUUAAAGCAAAGGAAAAGGCAAACAUAAUUAGAACAACAGGAAAAGUUCCAAGGACAUGCUUCUGCUGCUGAAUGUAAUUAAUUAUGUAGAGUCAUAAGUUUUAAGUCACAUAUGUAAAAAUCAUUUUCACAAUGCUGUGACUAACUCAAGCAUGCCAAUCACAAGCCGAGACAUCAGUAAUUGAAUGGUUUAACACUUGCUUCAAUGAGAAAUUACUUAAAGGACCUCAAGUAGUUUUACUAAAUCUUUCUACCAAUUUAUGUUUGGUAUGAACAUAUAUGAAGACAUAUAGUAGCUGAUACAGGAAAUAUGUAUCCUAUUGUCUUUAGAGUUCGACAAGACUGUAUUACUCAAAAUCAAAUCAUAUGUUUAGAAUGCUAGGAAUAUGGUGAUCAAUUGCAGAAUGAGUUUUCUCUUAUUUUGAUUGUGAAGGAAUUUGAAUACUCUCCUUUAGAUAUUAAGUACGAAAGGAAUGGCACAUGUAGAAGGUAAUAACUAGAGAGCUGAACCAUUUCAGUUGUUCAUAAGAUGCUAGUACUAGAUGUGAGCCCAAGUAAAAACCAGGACAACCCCUCCACCCCUUUUCCUUUGAAAUCACCAUCAACAUGAAGACUGAACCAAAAACUAUGCCAUUUCUGCAUUCUGGUACAUUUAAAAAACCAGUUAAAAG